GACGCUGUACAGAAGGAAAAGCGCCCGCUCUGUAAGGCGGGUUGCAAGUCCCUCCCUCCUGUGGCGAGCACGGCAGAGUCCGACAGAAAGAGAAACAGCCCCAGAGCAGCAGCCGGCUAAUGCUUUGGCUGUCUCGGGGAUCCAGGCGGCUCCAGGACAGCGGCAGGCAGGCGCAGCUCCCCCGCGCCCGGGCAGACAGGAGAGCCGGGAGGCCGCUCCCCGGGGCCCCGCGCAGGAGGUCAUGAAGCUGAAAGACAUUCGUGAAUAGAAGAUACAGUGAAUAGAAGAUGCAGUCUUCAAAAUUUCAUUUACUUUUCCAUUUCCGUUACUGGUUACUCUGGACUAGCAUAGGGAAAUUGGGAGAAAUUAAAUUAGCAGGCUUGUCUGUUAAUGCACAGAUGGAAAUGGGGAGCAAGAGCUCUGCAAAGUUUAAUGGAAUCCCCGAGGGGAAGGGGCCUUACUCUGUUGGCUGCACGGACCUGAUGACUGAUUACACGAUUCAGGGAAGCUUCUUUCGUCUGUAUUAUCCUUCGCAAAAUGGCACAAGUAGUGAAGAAACCAAGUGGAUCCCCAGCAGUGAAUAUUAUCGUGGACUUGCUGACUUCCUCAACGUGUACCGGGUGUUAGGAGAGACAUUUUUUCAGUACUAUGUUGGCUCAGUGACUUGUCCUGCAAAAUGGAAUGCUGCUUUCAAGCCUGGAGAGAAAUACCCCCUCAUUAUUUUUUCCCAUGGACUUGGAGCUUUCCGGACUAUAUAUUCUGCUAUCUGCAUUGAGAUGGCAUCUCAGGGUUUUAUAGUUGCUGCUGUGGAGCACAGAGAUGAAUCCUCUUCUGCGACUUACUACCGUAAGGAGAAUCCUGUUUUUGAAGCACAAGAAGAGGCUACAGAAAAUCUGGAAGACGAAUGGAUCUAUUACAGAAAACUAAAACGAGGUGAACAGGAAUUUCCUCUACGCCACCAACAGUUGCAGCAGAGAACAGAGGAGUGUAUCAAAGCUCUUGACCUAAUUCUUGGUAUUAAUAAUGGAAAUCAUGUAGUGAAUGUACUAUCUUUAAACUUUGAUUGGACUCUGUUAAAGGAGUCUAUUGAUGGUGACAGAAUAGCUGUGAUGGGACACUCUUUUGGUGCUGCCACAGCCAUUAAGGCUCUUAGCAAAGACGCUAGAUUCAAGUGUGGCAUUGCCCUGGAUGCAUGGAUGCUUCCUCUAGAUGAUGACGUUUAUUCCAGGGUCGAACAGCCAUUGUUGUUUAUCAACUCAGAAAAAUUCCAGUGGGUUUCAAAUGUUCUAAAAAUGAAGAAACUUGACUCCACUGGCAAAAUAAGAAAAAUGAUCACUAUCAAGGGAUCAGUACAUCAGAGUUUUCCAGAUUUUACCUUCCUGACUGGUAACUUUGUUGGAAAGAUUUUCAAAUUAAAGGGAGAAAUAGACCCAAACAUAGCUAUAGAUAUUAGCAACAAAGCUUCAUUAGCCUUCUUGCAGAAACAUUUAGGUCUGAAGAAAGAUUUUGAUCAAUGGGACGCUCUCGUAGAUGGCGAAGGACAUAAUGUCAUUCCUGGAACCAACAUUGAUCUACCCUCAACUCAGCCUGAAACACUAGAAUGAAGAAACUGAUAAUACCAGGCAUACUAAAGCACUUAAGUCUUCAACAAGAUCUUACUUAGUAGUACUGCUGGUCAGCUACUUCCCACAGCUACACCGUUUUUCUUUCUCUUACUGUGCCUCACAGUCACCUGUAUUAAUAUCUCAUUGCACUUUGAUAAAAGAGUUGCAGGGGUUUAAAUUCGUACCAGCCUAUAAACUUACUCUUUAAAAUACUAGAAUAAACUUUUGCUUUCUACCAAUUAAAUAUUAAAUCAGCUAUUA